AUGGUUCCAGUAAAAAUGAUCAAAAACAUGGAAGAUGUUCGUGUUAUUAGUUUAGGUACUGUGAGUGAUGAUGCAACAAAAUGUAUUCAGACAAAUAAACAUAUUCUUGAGAUCAAUCCUGCUGCUUUGAAUUGCGUCGAUUAUAUACAGUGUAUCAAUUUUAUGAACUCGGUGCGGGAUGAAAAAGUAAUUUUUAUUAUUUGGAAUGGAUGUAUUACUGAUAUUUUAUCAAAAUUUCAUGACUGUUCGUCAUUAUUUGCAGUUUUCCUCUACUCUAAGAAGCGUUCUUAUGUUCAUGAUAAACUACGCUCUCAAUAUUCGAAGAUCGUAGAUGUAUUCGAUGACGAGAACGCCCUAAUAGGAUCGGUUCGAAAUAUAAUUCAAUCCAUGGCGAGGAUAGCUAUCGCUGUUAGUUUGUUCGAUCAGAAGCAGAAGUCCAUUAGAGACUUGACGAAAAACUCGGCCUCAUUUAUUUGGUAUCAACUUCUGAUUAAUGUAUUAAAAGAUAUGAUUCCAGAUGCGCAGUCAAAAAAUAAUAUGCUCGCGGUUUGUGAAGAUUUCUACGCAAGCAAUAAGGAAGAACUUCUAAAAAUAGCUGAAUUUCGAAAAUCUUAUACUCCAGACAAAGCUAUUUGGUGGUAUUCAGAUGAGUGUUUUCUCUAUAAGUUGCUUAACAGAGGUCUUCGAACAGAAAAUAUCGACCUGCUUUAUUCUUUUCGAUUUUUUAUUAUCGAUCUCUCUACUGCAUUGGAAAAUGAAUGUCAGAAGUUGAAACAGAAUGGUUGGGUGACUGUCUAUCGAGGACAACGUCUUUCAAAUACGGAUUUUGAAGAGUUACAUGCUAGCAUUGGAAUUAUCAUUACAUUCAACGGAUUCCUCUCGACUUCAAGAGAUAUAAACGUUGCUUUAAGAUUUGCUCACAAAUGUGCAGCAAUUGGAAAUGAUUUUAAAAUAUGUCUCAUCGAAAUUUGCGUUAACCCAUCAUUAGAUUCAGUUGUUGCCGCUGAUAUCGAACAGUUUAGUAAAAUGAAAGGUGAGAAAGAAGUUUUGUUUGGUCUUGGUACAACAUUUAAAGUCGAAUCAAUCGAAAUGGACGAAGCUUUAAACUUGUGGAGAAUUCGUUUAAUAACCACUGACGAAGGCGCUGAACGAACACAUGAUUAUAUACAAGCACAGAAAGAGAUGAUGAAAGAGUAUAGUCCUCUGAUCGGCUUCGGACGGCUCCUGUGGAAUGAAUUGGGUCAAAUAGAUCGUGCUGAAAAAUAUUUUAAAAAUUUACUCCAGUCAGUUCCUCCAGAUCAUCCGGAUAUUGCCGAUAUCUAUAAUAGUAUCGGAUGUGUGUACGCUAAGAAAGGUGUACUUGAUCAGGCAUUGAAAAACUACAAUGAAGCUUAUGAAAUUAGAAAACGAAAAUUGCAGGAAACUGAUCCAAAAAUAGCGGGAUCGUUACAUAAUAUCGCUGUCAUUUAUAGAGCCCAAAGUGAAAUUGAUCGUGCCCUUGAUUAUUUUCUACAAGCUCUAACUAUUCAUGAAAAGAAUUACGAUGGAGACCAUGAGGACAAAGGCUACACGAUUGAAUCGAUUGGUUUAGUUUACAAGAGUAAAUGUAAGUUCGACACAGCUCUUAUAUGGCUCAGCCGAGCUCUUGGUAUGUACAAGCGACUUUUUCCUGCACAACAUCCCGAAAUUGCUAAGUGUUUCGGUAGUAUUGGAAGUAUUUACGAAGAAAAAAAUGAACUUGACAGAGCACUUGAUUACUACUACUGUCAAUUGGAAAUGGAAGAAAAAUGUCUUCCUCCUGAUCAUUCUAGACUAUUGAAGCAUCUCGACUGGAUCACCCGAAUAUACUGUAAGAAGCAUGACAAAGAAAAAGCGCUGACUCUAUAUCAAGAAAAGUUAACGAUUCAACGUACGAUUUUAAAUGAUAAUCAUCCAAAUAUUGCUUUGAGACUCAUGAAAAUUGGAGAUUUCCUUAAACGUCAUGAAGAAUACUAUGGAAAAGCUUUGAAGAUUUUGGAAAAAUGUUCGCCUCCAGAUCUAUUGCUCAAAAUUAACUGUCUAGAUACGCUGAGUACAGUAGCCCUAAGUCAGAAUGAUUUCCAACUAGCUCUCACACAUCAGCAAGAUAUUCUUGAGACCUGUAGUCGAGUAUAUGAGCCAAAUCAUCCCAAUUUUCCUUUCAGGCUACAAAAGAUUGGAGAUAUUUAUUUCGAAAAAUUACACAACUAUCAGCAAGCUUUAUAUUAUUACUCUGAAGCCUUAUCAAUGUAUCAAAUUAUUUAUCACUCCCGACGCAAAGAACUGUUUGAUAUUCAGAAUAAAAUUCGCAAAGUUCAACAGAGCCUGGCUGGUGACAAUAUGUUAACAAAGCAAGAUGAUAAUCACGACGACGAAUUUUCUCUUUUCGACUAA